AUGGCAACACUCUCAGUCGCCCGCAAGGAUGAUAUCGCCGACCCACGCCAAUUUGGCAUCUCCACCGACGAUACCGCCAUUUAUUUAGAGGAUUCUGUCGACGAGCCCACCGCCCGAUGCAUCAGCUCGGCUCCGUCGGUGGUGGCCAUUCUUUCCCCGCAGCGUCUGCCUGCAAACGGUGGCCACGCUGUUGACAUUACAGAAUACGACAGCAAUAGCAUUGGAAGAGGUUGUAGCGCCAAGGCCGAUCGGGGGCUUCCUCUUUCUGACUUGACAAACAGUGGCACGGCUCGCCUAUCAUUUUCGAAGUCACCUACACCACGACGCUCCCUGUCAUUGGUGCCGCACAGGUACGCCUCCUCCCGCACGCUGAGUUUCUCAGAGCAACGACAAUCGCAUCACCAUCACGGCCACCAUCAUCAUUCAAAUCACGACGGCACCGUCUCUGUGGGGCGGUGUGUAGAUGCAGCUCACCACGAGGAACGCAUGGUUCCUCUUGCCGAGUAUGAAAAGCUUCAGCGGGAACGCAACCGUUACGAAAAGAUGUACGAACAUCAAAAGGCUCUCUAUGAAGACAUGGCACAAAAACAAACCGAGACGUAUCAGGAACUGCAGAAGAAAAUUAUUGAAGUUGUUGCCCUCUCCACGCGAAACGAGGAAAAUAAACGAUUUAUUCGACAGUUGAAACGUGAUAUGGUUGACAACCGAACACGUGUCAUUGACAUUCAGAACCGUGCCCUGGAGGAGACGAAGCAGGAAAAAACCGCCCGGGAGCAGUACCAAAGACAGUUACACGAGUACGAGGAGAAAUAUACCCUUCUUAUUGAAAAGCAGGAGACAAAGUUGUCAAGUCUGGAGAGUUUACUGAAGGACGUUACGUGUAUGAGAGGAGAAUGCGACCGGAUUCAGGUGUCGCAGCUCGACUCCCUUUUAAAGGCCGCAUACUCGAAAAAUACCGCCCUCUUUGGUGACUUGUUGCGUCAGGGACGCCAAAUUGACCUACUUUUUGAAAAUAAAGCAUCGCUGGAGAAGCAAUUGGAACAGUUGCGCCGUGAGAAACGUGAAAUAGAGGCGAAAUGGGCAGAGGAGCGGCGGCGGAUGGCGACGGAAACGGAGCGCUACAGCGUACAGCUGACGGAGCAGCAACGCUCCAUCCUGGAACUACGACAGAUGUUGAUACGCACCCUUGGGUCCGAGACACUCGCGCAGGGGGAUGAGCGCGACGUUGACGACACCAACGAGAAUGACAGCAGCAGUUAUUCCUCUGGCUGUAGCUCACGGGAUCUUGAAGAGAAUGAAGAGGAGGAAGAGAGCGAGGGCGAGGACGACGAUGACGGCGACAAUUUGAAGGAAAACUUGGAUGCGACAGUGGCCUCGCCACCGGUCUUGCCAGAUGUGGAUGCGAAGAAAGAUUCGCCGCGGCCGCCUUUGCCACACGUCGAGCGGCCACUGGAGCGUCGGGCGACGGAUUUGGCGACGCUCUCCGCGCAGAUUCAGGCGAAGUUGAGGUCCCUUCCGGGAGGACAGGUUUGA